AUGAGUACAUUUUCGGGAUAUAUCCCUGAACUUCCCGGAAUUGCUAUCGAUUGCUUUGAAGAACAUGCUCGGAGUAAAGGGCACGUAUUUUUUCUGUCGCACUGCCACGCGGAUCAUAUGCGAGGACUAGCGCUAGAUGCGCCGCUUCCAGGGCCAUUGUAUCUAAGCCCCGUGUCUUCCGUACUCAUCAGACAUCGUUAUCCUGUACAUGCGAAUAUCGUGCGUUCGUUGUCGGCCAGAGAACAGCUGGCUUUGACGAUCAAUCCUCUGUCAGGUGAGGAAAAAUAUGAGCUGUAUGUACGUACAGUUCCCGCAGAGCACUGCCCGGGAUCAGUUAUGUUUUACUUUGAAACGAAAAGCAUCCGAGUGCUGUAUACCGGUGAUUUUCGCUUAACAGAACAAACACGCUUCACAAUGCAACAAGCUCACAUCCGGCCACUGGUGGUAUACCUCGAUUCGACCUUUCUUAAUAGCGAGUAUGCCUACUUUCCAUCUCGAGAUGAGAGCACGCGUCAAAUAGUAUCUUUAUGCUCUGAAUGGUUGGCAGCGAAUAAAAGGAACAUUGUGUCAUUGUGGCUUCCUGCAAAUUAUGGUUCGGAAGAUUUAUUUCAGCAGUUGUAUGAACAGUUGCACGAAAAAAUUCAUAUCAACGAAAGCCAACGAGGCCCGUAUAUGCAUUUUUUAGCUUUGAACGAGAUAUUGACUAACGACAACGCAGCCCGUAUUCAUGCUUGUAACGGCAUCCUGCAGCCACAGCGAGGACUACCAUGUCGAAAAAUUACGGAAAAUGAGGAUGAAACAAUUUUCAUACGAACGAUUCGGCCGUCCGCCCUUCGAUGGCGCGGGUUGCAGCGACAUGAGCCUUGCUGGAAGCAAAGCGAUAGGCUUUUCUACGUUUGCUACUCCGCGCAUGCGAGCUACAAUGAACUAGCGCAGUUCAUAAGAUCUCUACAACCCGAUGCGAGGGAUAUUCGAUUUAAUGUGAUAAUGAAUGAAGCAGAUCGAAUACAAAAAGAGCAUCACAAGGCUGCCAUUCUUGAUGGAGAACAUUAUAAUCCAAUUUCCAGCUCUAAUAUAUAUCAAACAAUAAACGAACAAGAGGACGAUCAAGAAAUGAGCAAUAGUUUGCAUCUAGAACGAAUAAUGUAUAAAACACAUGUAAAUUUAACGGAAAACGACGACAGCGAGGAUAUUGAUGAUUGUCCUUAUAACCAAUUCACAAAACGAUUGCGUACAGAAUAA